CCACCGACCCCGGCCGGUUUCAGCCCGUCGCUCCAUUGUGACGUAGAGUGUGAAGAUGGCGUCCAGGUACUACCAGGAGAUGCAGGAGAGCUUCAGGAGCAACAACAAGAGUCGGGAGUUCCCGGCGCACACGGCCAAGGUGCACUCUGUGGCCUGGAGCUGCGACGGCCGCCGGCUGGCGUCCGGCUCGUUCGACAAGACGGCCAGCGUGUUCGUGCUGGAGAAGGACCGGCUGGUGAAGGAGAAUAACUACCGGGGACACGGGGACAGCGUGGAUCAGCUCUGCUGGCAUCCAACAAACCCAGACCUGUUCGUCACGGCGUCAGGAGACAAAACCAUCCGCAUCUGGGACGUACGCACCACCAAGUGCAUCGCCACCGUCAACACCAAAGGAGAGAACAUCAACAUCUGCUGGAGUCCUGACGGUCAGACUAUCGCCGUCGGCAACAAGGACGACGUGGUGACGUUCAUCGACGCCAAGACGCAUCGCUCCAGAGCGGAGGAGCAGUUCAAGUUUGAGGUGAACGAGAUCUCCUGGAACAACGACAACGACAUGUUCUUCCUCACCAACGGCAACGGCUGCAUCAACGUCCUGAGUUAUCCGGAGCUGAAGCCCAUCCAGUCCAUCAACGCUCACCCGUCCAACUGCAUCUGCAUCAAGUUCGACCCCACGGGGAAGUACUUUGCCACGGGCAGUGCGGACGCCCUGGUCAGCCUGUGGAACGUGGAGGAGCUGGUGUGUGUGCGCUGCUUCUCCAGGUUGGAUUGGCCGGUGAGAACUCUGAGCUUCAGCCACGACGGGAAGAUGUUGGCCUCGGCCUCCGAGGAUCACUUCAUCGACAUCGCAGAGGUGGAAACAGGAGAGAAGCUGUGGGAGGUUCAGUGCGACUCUCCGACCUUCACCGUGGCCUGGCAUCCAAAGAGGCCUCUGCUGGCGUACGCCUGCGACGACAAGGAGGGCAAGUACGACAACAACCGGGAGGCCGGCACCGUCAAACUGUUCGGCCUCCCCAACGACUCCUGAGAGCCAAUCACAUGAGUUUAAAUCUCUAGAAGUACAGGAGGACGCUGCUUUGUGUUCUGGCUGUGGAACCUUCUUCCACCAGCAGAUGGCGCAGCUGUUCCUCGUUUCCUGUUUUUACGUGCCGAUAAAAACACAACUCCCACUGCUGUAAUAUAUUGCUUUUCUGUAAAAUAUGCAUUGUUUUGAUAUUAAAGUUGGACCC